AGUAUCGCAUCGUUUUAUUUUCUACAUCGUAUUAUACGGUGUAUCACAAAGCAUACCUGUGUACAUAUAAUACGCAUACGUACGAAUGUUUAUAUCAUAUAUACGUACAAAUACGUAAAAUUGUCGCGAUUACUUCUUCGCAUCGUCUCUCGUUCGUUUCGACAUUUUUUUUUAUUUCAUUUAUUUUCUUGCUCCAAAAUUUUAAACCCGCUCUUUUUCCUGGGACCAAUAAAGAAGAAAUAGAAAAGCGACCGAUGAAAGUAUAAGAAAAAUAAUAUUAAUAAUAAUAAUAAUAAUGAUAAUGAAAACAUAAUAAAAGAAGAAAAUCUUGUCCCGAAUCGAUGCACGUGUUUCUUUUUAUUCUUAUAUCCUGAUUUAUCUUAAAUUAAAAAGAGAAAACAGAAACUGCGGUUGUUUUUUGUUUGUUAAUUAUAAACGACAACGUUUGAUGAACGAGAAAAUUCAAUACCGAUAUAAAACACGUGCAACAUGUAAAUGUUACACUGCAGUUACACGUAUUGAUGCGCGUUCGUAAAAUGGAAUCUGAAAAUGAAACGUUUUUGAAAAACGUUCGCUAGACAUUCGCCGUAUGAUCGAUGAUUAGAAUUCGGUUUUUCUUAAUUCUGUAUUUUUGCAUGCACUUUAAUACCCGCGCUAUUUUUUAGAAACUUUUUAAUCAAGUGUCAAAAACCGCAUGUAGGCGAAAUUAUAUUGGCUAUUUGUCAUGCGUCGAGCAAAUACUUUGUUUGUAUGACUAGUCAGGUUGACUUCACGAUCUGAGAUAAAUAUCACCUGUAUGUCCAUAUCGAUAUCGCGUGUGAUUAGUGUUUGUGGAUAAUCAGUGCAGUAUAUGUAUAUAAUACGUAUACAUAUAUAUAUACAUAUAUAUAUGUAUGACCCCGGUUUAUUACGUAAUAAAUAAACAACUUUGAGCGCACGUUUCAAGCGGAGUUUGAAAUAUACAGAAUUCAGUGGGUGUGAAGAAAAGUAAUCGAAAUAAAUAAUAAAAAAAUUAUAAACAACAACAAUAAUACGUAACAUAAUCAAAAUUUUCAGUAUAAUUUAUCGCACAUGAUAUUUGUCGUAUAAUUAUUUGCUUUUUUUACACGUAAUAUACAACAAUUGAUAUUGAAAUAUGUGAUUUGUGCUGUCGUACGUCACCGCAUCGUAUUAUAUUUAUUCGGAUAUACGUACAAUAUAUCGUAAUAUUGUAUUAUUUUGGAUUAUAUUUCUUUUUGUCACAUCAAAACUGAUCGUGGGACCGAUUUCAAUUCACGAUUGCACAGACAUGGACGACCACGAGAUCCAGUCGACCGUCGAGUCGAUCCUCGGACCAGGUGUGAAGGUCGUUGACUGUGAAAAGAAGUCCUGCGUUAGGGAGGAAGAGGUUCUCCUGAUAAACGGGGUUCCCAUUGCCCUCGAAGGACCCGACGGGAUCGCCAUCAGGGAAGCCAUGGUUACGGGACAAGUUCCCCCCUGUGAUCUUCUCAAUCAGAUACUCGUCAGAGCUGGGAUACUGAGGGCGCCGGUGCGUCUCGAGACAUCGCUCAGCGUUAAAUCGUCGGUCGUUACCAAGGAAGAAGUGACGGUGGCUAGAGGCGGGAAAAUCGUCGACGAACGAAGCCGAGAGACCAAAGAGAACAACUUUUAUACGUCGUCGACGAGCGAGAUAUGGGAACCGGUUGGAAUUAUUCAUAACCAUCGGAAUCUCAAGCCCUUUGAUAGCUCCGACGAAUCGAGGCCAAAUUCUAACGCAAGUUCCGAUCAAGGAUACACGACUAACACGAGCAGCAGUCACGUGCUCAGGGAACGGGGCGGCGCUUUGCCGGGAUGUCCGAUAUGCGAGGACUCUGAUCCUGACUGCAGGCGACACUGUAUUCGAGGACUCGGACUCACCGGUUCCAACUCGUCGAAGGUACCCGGAGUCCAAACGACCACCUCAGCGAUGGAAAAGAAGAGCUCGUAGAGAGUACGUGUAUCCUGCAUCAGCUUACGAAAGCUCUGACCGAAUGCGGGAGAAGCAGUCAUUUUUGCGCAGUCGGUAACCGCGAGACCUUGACUCGAUUGUCGGUAACUUUGAUCCAGCCGACGGCUUUGCUGGAUCCUGUAGGGUCCUGAAAUUGUUCAAGAAACCUGGGUACGGAUAGGAUUUAUAUUCUUUUGGUACAUCGAUUCUCCAGAAUAAUAUACCAUCUGCUGAGAAAAUUUGUGUUUGGUAAUUUCAGAGCUUGCGAGAAGUAAAUUUGAAAUAA